AUGGCUGCCACGACGGCCCAAGUGCUGCCAGCGGGGCCAACGCUGCGGCUUUUGCAGUACUCGCCCGCGUGGGGCGCGCCUUCGGUCGAUCCGCGGUGCACAAAGGCGCAGGCCUACCUCCGCGUCUGCGGCCGCUCCUACGAGGUUGAGGACGCCUCGGCCGCCGCGCCGGGCUGGUCGCCGCUGCUGCUGCCGGUGCUGCGCGACGGCGCGCGCGCGGUGGAGCCGGACGGGCUGUACGCGCACCUGCGCGAGGGCGGGAUCGACGCCGACGCGAAGCUCUCCGCCGAGGAGCGCGCCGAGUCCGCCGCGUGGACGGCUCUCGUCGAGGAGCGGCUCGGGCUGGCGCUGCUGUACGCGUGCUGGGCCGAGGAGGACAACUACGCCGCGGUGCUCAAGCCCGCGUACGCGCAGAGGCUGCCCCUCCCACUCUGCCUCUACCUGCCGUGGACGAUGCGCCGGCGCGCCCUCUCGCAGCUGGCGAGGCGUGAGGGCGUGGCGUACCGGCUGGGCGGCGAGGCGCUCGAGGCGCUGAACACGCGCCUCACCGGCCGCGGCUCCUUCUUCGCCUCCGGCGCAUCGGCGGCUUUCUCGUACCUGACCGCCGUGCUGCGCUGCCCGCUGCCUCGCGACACCCUGCGUGCGCACCUCAAGUCGCUGCCUGCCCUCUGCAGCUACGUCGAGGCCUUCUCGACCACCUUCUUCGGCUCCUUUGAGCCCCUCCUCCCCUCGCCGGAGACAGACCCGCGGCUCAGGCCUCCGCCGCUGACCGGCCGCCCCACCGCCUUCCCGUAUGCUUUCGGGGCAGACGAGGGCGGCGGCGGCGAGGCGUCCGAGGCGGCGGCGGGCGGCGGCAAGAGCAGCCGCACGCCCAAGCAGCGCCGUUUCAAGGAGCGGUCUCGCAACGCCGUGCUCGGCGCGCUUGGCGGCGCACUGGUGGGCGGCGAGGAGGAGCUCGACGAGUACGCCGCCGACGAGCAGCAGUGA